ACAAGCAAGACAACCGACGUAUAACACAUCAUGGGGGGCUGACCAGGGGCAUGUCCCAGCGCACAUCAACAGAAGCUCAUCGACCAGGCUCUCCAACGCUGUAGGAGGCGCAGGAGCCUUUGCCAACGUCCGCCGGGCAACCCAGCCGCGACACGUAUGAAGAAACAGAUGGCUACCUUUUCACACAAUUCGAGCAGAGAUGGAGAACAGAAGACACGAAACGACAACACCAAGCACAGUAAAAAAAACAUAAAAAAAAACUCAACAAACAUAGAUGAACAAAAACACCUCAGUCCAGCUCAAGUUCAUAUGUCCGAGCAGAACACCUCGAAUGUACUUACAUGGUUGGUCGGGGGAACGACAUGCGAAUCGAAUCAGAACGGUUGUGAGGUCUAUGCAGAACAAACCCGAACGCUGCUGAAGUCGGCCGGCGCGCUCGGGGGUCGACCAGGUAAUGAAACAGGACACAAUGCGAAUCGCAACGAAGAGUCGACAGAGGCCAUCCCACGCGAAAUCUUUUUGGGGCACAUUGCAAGAAAAAAUGAUGCAAAGCUGAACAGGAAUACAAACACAAGAAACACAUGCCCAGGUCUAUUUGUCGGACGCCGGAUAAAAGCCACACACCAUCCCAUCUACCCACUCAUAAUGGAUGGAAAGAAACAAAACUGAACCAGGACCACCACAAGAUUUGCAUCUGCACAGCCGAUGCCGAAACGGUGGAACGGCGCAGAUUCCAUAUAGUGACCCGUAAAUCCCUAUUAGAGUGAUCUGGCGCGUGUCUUCAGCAAGCUAGACUCAUUGAGAUACUUCAGAGGCCUAGUAGUCUUCCGACCAAAAAGAAAAAUUU